AUGUCUGAUGACGAUGAUUUUAUGCAGGACUCUGGGGAUGAGGAUUACGACUUCGAAUAUGAGGAUGCAGACGAAGACGAGUCUGGUGACAUCGGAAUCGAGAACAAAUACUACAAUGCCAAGCAGAUCAAGGUCGACAAUCCAGAAGAGGCAGUUGACGAGUUCCUAGGCAUAGCGCCCAUGGAACAAGACAAAAGCGACUGGGGAUUUAAAGGUUUCAAGCAGGCUAUCAAGCUGGAAUUCAAACUCGGGCGAUACAGCGAUACCGUCGCACACUACCGGGAACUGCUCACAUACGUGAAGUCCGCUGUUACACGAAACUAUUCGGAGAAAUCGAUCAACAAUAUGCUCGACUUUAUUGAGAAAGGGUCCGAUAAUGCAGAGGCGUACCAAUGCAUGGAGGAAUUCUACUCUCUGACCCUCGAAUCAUUCCAAAACACAAACAAUGAGCGCCUUUGGCUGAAGACAAACAUUAAACUGGCUCGGCUGUGGCUGGAGCGCAAGCAAUAUGGCCAGCUGGGCAAGAAGAUGCGGGAAUUGCAUCGGGCAUGCCAACGAGAGGACGGAUCAGACGACACCAGCAAAGGAACAUACCUACUGGAGCUCUACGCCCUAGAGAUCCAGAUGUCCUCUGAAACGAAGAAUAACAAACGACUGAAGGCCUUGUAUCAGCGCGCCCUCCGAGUGCGCUCGGCAGUACCCCAUCCCAAGAUCAUGGGCAUUAUCCGUGAAUGUGGAGGCAAGAUGCACAUGAGCGAAGAGAACUGGAAGGAGGCACAAAGUGACUUCUUCGAGUCGUUCCGAAAUUACGACGAGGCCGGUUCCAUGCAACGAAUCCAGGUUCUCAAAUACCUUGUCUUAACGACCAUGCUUAUGAAGUCCGACAUCAACCCCUUCGAUUCUCAGGAAACCAAGCCAUACAAGAAUGAUCCACGUAUUUCCGCGAUGACCGACUUGGUGGACGCCUUCCAGCGCGACGACAUCCAUGCAUACGAGGACGUGCUGAGCAAACAUCCGGAUGUCUUGGCUGAUCCUUUCAUUGCGGAGAACAUCGACGAGGUUAGCCGCAACAUGCGUACCAAGGCCGUUCUAAAAUUGAUUGCGCCCUACACCCGGUUUUCGCUGCAAUUUAUCUCCAAACACAUCAAGAUCUCUGUACCCGAGGUGUUGGACAUUCUGAGUUUUCUCAUCCUGGACAAAAAGCUCAACGCCAAGAUUGACCAGGAUAAUGGGACGGUGGUAGUGGAGAGUGCGAGUGACGUGGAGCGGCUGCGAGCUGUGGGAGAGUGGAGCUCCGCGCUGCGCAACCUCUGGCAAACAACUCUCAACGGUGAGGGGUUGCGUGCAAACGAUCCCUCUCAUUCCAUUUUCCAAUCGAGUCUUGGAGACGAGGGAAUGCGAUCUACGGGUCCCCGUGCACGCAAGGAUGGCCGAGGCAAAAUGCCAGCCAAAUGGUUCUAG